CCGCCAUCCGUGACGCAGCUCCUCCUAUCGUGACAUGCGACGCAAACAGCUCUCGAGAAUCCCUUGAUUGAUUCACCCUGCCCGACGAAUUCCGCAGGAGCCUCACCCCGUUGACGAGAAGCAACGAACAAGCUACCUCCGACCGACCGCCCGCCGAAGACGGGGCACGCAAGCGCGCCGCGCGGGACAGCCAAGGCCGACACAAACAUGUCCAUCAUCCAGCAGCACACGAGCGCGUCGCUCAGCGACGCCUGGCGCACCAUCAACAUCGACGCCCUGACCGAGGACUCGAGCGUCAACUUCGACACCUCGACGCUACACCCGCCGCAGCCGGAGAUCUCGGAGGCCGAGGUGCGCCAGCUCGCCGGCCAGGUCAGGCAGCUGCUGAGGGGCGGCGACGCCGAGGGCGCCCUGCGAGGCUGCCUGGAGACGCCCGUCUACAACGGCACCGACGGGGCAAAGGAGGCUCACCUGCAGACGAUCAUCGAGGUCCUGCAAUCCAUCAAGGCCAGCGAUAUGAGCCCGCUCCUGCGCGGGAUUUACGAAUCCCCCGGCGGAAACGAGUCUCUGGACGUGCUCAUGAAGUACAUCUACAAGGGCAUGGCAAUGGGGCAAAGCGGAGGCGCCGGGCGUACGCCCUCCAAGGUUACGCCGCAGUCGACGGGCGGCUUCAGCCAGAUCGGUGCCCGGCCCGGAGUGUCCAACGAGCCCGCAACGGCAGCCAUGAGCGUCCUGCUGAGCUGGCACGAGAAGCUGGUGGACGUAGCUGGCCUGGGCUGCAUUGGGCGGACAAUGACGGACUGGCGCAGGGUGUAGAGGGGGGCGGGCGUGUUGGCAGAUGGUGAAAUGGCGCAUGUUAUACGGAUGGACAGCAAAAGAUGUAGAGUCGCUGCAGGGCACUCGGCGUUUCCCCCCACUAUUCUACAUACACCAUGGUCGUCUGGCAUCGUCUUUGAUGCCUGUUGGUACAGCGCUCCGCGCCCCACGGGGCACUUACUUCUUUUCCAAGAUAUCCUUCAG